AUGACAGGCAAGGCGGAAAUAGACAAAUUCAAGUCUUUUAUCAGAAAAAGCGAGACUUCGGAAAACUUGAAAACUUCGACGGAUAGAGACGGCGAUGGGGUGGAUAAGAAAGAUGGAAGAUUGAACGGACUGUCGGCACGAGCAUCAGCUUUCUCAAUCGCAUCCCUCAUCGCAACAGAUCCCGUAUCUUCCCCGAGUGCGGAGGAGAGGGAAGGGGAUGAUUCGGAGCACGACUCGCUCUAUGAAACUGACGUUGGUGUGUACGGAGGGAACCUAGAAGAAUCUAGAUCCCCAAGACUCCAAGCACCAGGCGACUGCACUGCACCAAAACGCCGGCGUGUCGCUCUUCCUCAUAGUCGAAGAAUUCGAUCGCAAUCGCACGAUACACCACACACGGCACCAGCUGGAUUAGAAUCCAGUCAGAGUGAGAUCGUCAUCGGAAGCCAAUCACGUGUUCAUCCAGGGCCUGAUAGGAUUCUACACGACGAGGUUCACGAUCAUGUGGCAGUCAGCGACCACGCCCAACGUCCAGCACAUGAGCAGAUGAAACAGCAACGUCACAUCAUCCAACGCAAUCAUCGGCAACCUCAACGUCAAUUUCAUCAUCCGCAUCAUUACCAUCAUCACAGCCUGGUCUCUCUUCUACGCGAACCAGUAGCGACAUCGUCGACGACGACAUUUGAGCGUUUGGGGAUCUUACGACCGGAAGCAGGUUCCCCUCAGAGGAGAGCAAACCAAGUUUGUAGGAGUUGUCACGAUGGUGCAGCGUGUUGGGAGGAGAUGGCGGGGAUCGGUUGCAAGCUUGAGACAAAAGAUCUCUGGGAUCGUUUUCAUGAACUUGGCACCGAAAUGAUUAUAACUAAAUCUGGCAGACGCAUGUUUCCAACUCUUCGGGUCUCAUUUGUUGGUUUGCAUCCCAUGUCAUCUUACUCCGUGUACAUUGACGUCGUACCAUUAGAUAACAAGCGGUACCGAUAUGCUUACCACCGGUCAUCCUGGCUAGUAGCAGGCAAGGCCGACCCGUCAUUGCCCCCGAGACUUUCCCGCCACCCCGACUCGCCCUUCACCGGAGAACAGCUGCUUAAACAGUUCUUAUCAUUCGAGAAGGUCAAGUUGACCAACAAUGAAUUGGAUAAAAAUGGACAUGUCAUCUUGAAUUCGAUGCAUCGCUACCAACCUCGGAUACACAUCGUGAAAAAUGUAGCUUCUGUUGAUAGCGAUGAUGACCACCGGGAGAGCAGCGACACGAGCCACGACGUCGAUGGUAAUGACAUGGAUGAAGUUAUGAACGCUUGUCGAUCAAGACCGCAACACGUCCGCACUUUCGUUUUCUCCGAGACAUCAUUCACAGCGGUGACAGCGUAUCAGAACCAGCUGAUAACAAGAUUAAAAAUCGACAGCAAUCCCUUCGCAAAAGGCUUCCGAGAUUCUUCUCGGCUUUCAGAAUUUGAGAGGGAAAAGGUUGAUAUCUUGAUGAAAGGUCAUACCUACGCCCGUAAUCCAACCAGUCCAACGAGAGAGGGCGUCCUUACCACUAUGUUGGCGGAUGGAGUUCCGAAGACUUUCUCACUAGGAGCAUUAGCAGAUGAAUCUUCGUGUAAUCUGCCAAUUCAUCUAGACUCUCCCCUCUCCUUUCCGCUGCAGAGACCACCGAUUCGGAUCGGACAACCUACCAUAUCUACUUUUGGUGACCAUCUACUCCCGCCUUCCACAUUAUACUAUGGCCCUUUCGGCGAACAUCUUCUGUUUCCGGGUGAAAGUUCAAAUAUUCCUGUGGGACUUCUUCACGGCGGGAGUCAGGACAGAGAUGGCGGUAAUCACAGUUCAGUUAGACCAACGUUGAUCAAUGAUGGACCUGACUACCGUUGGAAUCGGUACCAAUCUUUGCUUAUGAAGAGUAAUGUUCCUCAUUUACCUCAAAUGUUUAGCAAAUCUUUUCCCGAAGCACCGUUAGCGGCCUCCAGAGAUGGGAUGCAGUUCCGACGCAUCGGGCGCCAUCCUGUCACCUGAUUUCAGUAGCUAUGAGCUGACAAACAAGUGAACUGUUCGAAAACAUCAGCAGCAUGGGCUUGUUUUAGGGCAAUAGAAGCUUUAAGCUUUUUCUUUUACCUUAUCUGGUUGAAAGGCAUUAGUUGUAGACUGUUCAAAAAAUGUAAAUAAAAAUUAAUGUUUUAAGAGUUCUGGGGGACGUGCAUAUCACUUGCUUAAAAUUACCUUGAGACAGAUCACUCUGGAAUGAGAUUUAGUUUGAUCGUUGACAUGGUUGGGGUUCAAUCAUGUCGUAUUUUUCAUCGAUUGGGAAACGGCAUGAAACUCUAAAUGGUAUAUUCUUGUUACGCCAUCGCGAAUAAUAUUUCUGUCAUAGAUGUCUUAAAAUUGAUAAAAUGGAUGACCGCAUAUUCUUUGAAGCUCAUGAUUUCCUGUACGAUCUACUAUUGUUUGUUGUUGCAAUUAUGAACUUAUUAUAACAACGCUCUGAAAGUUUUGUAGAGUGUAGCAACGCGGGAAACUGAGCAUGAAUAAAGUCGACUAGUUUCCUUGCCUGACAUCUCAACUUGUUCUUACCAAAGAAUGGAUACCCCAAGCGGCCCACAUCACUGUAAAAAGAUAUUGGGUAUAAUUUCAACCACCACGAGGGUAAUUAUAUGUCCAACCAAUUUGGGACAGUAUUUUACCCAAUGCG